AUGGCCGUCCUCGAAUUCUCCCUCGGGCCCGAUUCAACUGGUCGGAUAUACGAAUUACUCACAUGUCUCGCAAAAUUUGGAGAUGCCGUCUCGAUAGAGGCCAGAAGCGAGAAACUCACGCUCACAGCCCUGAACUCAUCGAGAACUGCCUAUGCCUCGUUCGCUCUAGAUGCAAAAUCGUUCUUCAACAACUACGACUUUGAUCUUCGCCAUGCGUCGAGUGGUGGCGAUCGUUUUACCUGUCAAUUGUUCAACAAGGCCCUUCAAUCUGUGUUCAAAGGUCGGACGACAGAUUCUCGUGGGCGGGAGACAGCCAUUGAGAGAUGCGAUGUCAGCAUUCAAGACCAGCCAGACAAGACCGAAUGCCGACUCAUUGUGAAAAUGAAAUCAAAGCACGGCAUGACCAAGACAUACCGCUUAACGUAUGAGUCCGUUGAGGUCAUGCAUGCUCUCUUCGACAGAACUUCUGCCACACAGGGCUGGAAGAUCUCCUCUCGCGUUCUGCGGGAGUACGUGGAGUACUUCGCCCCAAAAGCUGAACAGCUUGACUUGUAUGCGGAAAAUGGGAAAGCAGUAUUCACAAGCUUCACCGAAAAAGUCGAUGAUGGGAAGCUAAUACUCAAGCAACCACUUGAGACUUCCAUCAGCAUACAUACCUCGGACUUUGAAGACUUCCACAUGCAGGAGGGCAUUCACAUCACCAUUAGCGUCAAAGACUUUCGAGCCAUUGUCACCCAUGCUGAGACGCUGAAAGGACCAAUCUCAGCCCAGUACUCGCAGCCCACUCGCCCCUUGCAAUUCAGCUAUCAGAACCACGGCAUGCACUGUGAAUUCACGCUGAUGACUAUGGGAGACGGCCGUGGAGUGUCCUCAGCCCCUAACCCUAAUUUCGUCUCCACUAGAAGCAUGUCGAGGCAGUCGUCUGCAAUCCCUGCGCAAAGCGUCGGCAGUCUGUCGACGCAGAUGCCACCGCCUGCUCGACCAAACAUCAUCAAGCCUCUCUCCAGCCAAUCCAAAGGUCGCUCGUUCCAUGGGCAGGAUCGAACAACUCCUAUUGUUGAUCCUGAUCCAGAAAGUUUAUUCAUGCCGCAGGAUGGUGCCGAUGACGAUCGAACGUGGGAUCCGCCCAACUACGAGCGAGACGAUGAAGAAGAGAUGCUCGGCUGGGAUGCGAGCAAUGACGACCUUAGUGCGACUAUGCGUCCCACGGUCAGAGACCUAACCAGGCCGGCAAGGGCGUCCGAGAGCACUCGCGAGAGUGCCCAGUCAAGUCAGGACGGCGUGGCACCGACUCAACGCCUUUCCCAGCUGCAGGGCAUGUUUGAUUGA